UGAGACAGAAAGAUGGCCGCGAGCCCUUCGGUAGUCCCUGUGGCCCUGACGGCUCCAGGGGUACCCAUCUUGUCAGCUAGUGGCGAUUUCUCAAACUUGCGGGAAAUUAAAAAGCAGCUGCUACUUAUCGCUGGCCUUACCCGAGAGCGGGGCCUACUGCACAGCAGCAAAUGGUCCGCGGAGUUGGCCUUCUCCCUCCCGGCGUUGCCUCUAGUCGAGCUGCAGCCGCCGCCGCCUAUGACAGAGGAAGAUGCCCAGGAUAUGGAUGCUUACACCCUGGCCAAAGCCUACUUUGAUGUUAAAGAGUACGAUCGGGCAGCACAUUUCCUGCAUGGUUGCAAUAGCAAGAAAGCCUAUUUCCUGUACAUGUAUUCUAGAUACCUGUCUGGAGAAAAGAAGAAGGAUGAUGAAACAGUUGAUAGCCUAGGCCCCCUGGAAAAAGGACAAGUAAAAAAUGAGGCUCUUAGAGAAUUGAGAGUGGAGCUCAGCAAAAAGCACCAAGCUCGGGAACUUGAUGGUUUUGGCCUUUAUCUGUAUGGUGUUGUGCUUCGAAAACUGGACUUGGUGAAAGAGGCCAUUGAUGUAUUUGUGGAGGCUACUCAUGUUUUGCCUUUGCACUGGGGAGCCUGGCUAGAACUCUGUAACUUGAUUACAGACAAAGAGAUGCUGAAGUUCCUGUCUUUGCCAGACACCUGGAUGAAAGAGUUUUUUCUGGCUCAUAUAUACACAGAAUUGCAGUUGAUAGAGGAGGCCCUGCAAAAGUAUCAGAAUCUCAUUGAUGUGGGCUUUUCUAAGAGCUCUUAUAUUGUUUCCCAAAUUGCAGUUGCCUAUCACAAUAUCAGAGAUAUUGAUAAAGCCCUCUCUAUUUUUAAUGAGCUAAGGAAACAAGACCCUUAUAGGAUUGAGAAUAUGGAUACAUUCUCCAACCUUCUUUAUGUCAGGAGCAUGAAAUCUGAGUUGAGUUAUCUGGCUCACAACCUCUGUGAGAUUGAUAAAUAUCGUGUAGAAACUUGCUGUGUAAUUGGCAAUUAUUAUAGUUUGCGUUCUCAGCAUGAGAAAGCAGCCUUAUAUUUCCAAAGAGCCUUGAAAUUGAAUCCUCGGUAUCUUGGGGCCUGGACACUAAUGGGACAUGAGUACAUGGAAAUGAAGAACACAUCUGCUGCUAUUCAGGCUUACAGACAUGCCAUUGAGGUAAAUAAGCGGGACUACAGAGCCUGGUAUGGCCUUGGGCAGACCUAUGAAAUCCUUAAGAUGCCAUUUUACUGCCUUUAUUAUUAUAGACGGGCCCAUCAGCUUCGGCCCAAUGACUCUCGUAUGCUGGUUGCUUUAGGAGAAUGUUAUGAGAAACUCAAUCAACUUGUGGAAGCCAAAAAGUGUUAUUGGCGAGCUUACGCUGUGGGAGAUGUGGAGAAAAUGGCUCUGGUGAAACUUGCAAAGCUUCAUGAACAGUUGACUGAGUCAGAACAGGCUGCUCAAUGUUACAUCAAAUAUAUCCAAGAUAUCUAUACCUGUGGGGAAAUAGUGGAACACUUGGAGGAGAGCACAGCUUUCCGCUAUCUGGCCCAGUACUAUUUUAAGUGCAAACUGUGGGAUGAAGCUUCAACUUGUGCCCAAAAGUGUUGUGCAUUCAAUGAUACCCGGGAAGAAGGUAAGGCCUUGCUCCGGCAAAUCCUGCAGCUUCGGAACCAAGGAGAGACUCCUUCCGCUGAGAUGCCUGCACCCUUUUUCCUACCUGCGUCACUGUCUGCUAACAAUACUCCUACUCGCAGAGUUUCUCCACUCAACCUGUCUUCAGUCACACCAUAGUUGACUAUUUUCAAGCUAGCACAUUGCCAGACCGAUGUUAAGCCUUACCUCCAUGUAAAAAAAUGGCCUUGUCUGUUCUUCCAAGGACCUUAGCUCUUUUUGUGUGUACAGACGGAAACAGCUCCUUGGGGAGAGUUUAUAGAAUCACCUUUAGAGUAGACUGACAGAAGAAUCCUGGCAGGAAACAGACACUGUCUUUUGCCAGUUAGAAGCACUUCUUCCUUAUGUUCAUAGUAGCUACAGAGCUUGGCCUUCUUCCCAGAUUCUCCCCACCCCAACCCACCCCCAAACAUCCUUGUACUAGCACUUUAGCACAGGCAAGGCUACAAGAACAGUUUUAAUGCUGCUGGGAGUGGAUGGUUUCCUGAGAAGUGAGGAAAGGAGGAAAGUUUGUGAUUCGAUCCUCUGCUGACAGUAGGGGCACUGGAUACCCUAGCAAGGUUAGGGCACUGGGUAGACAUGAUCUUAUUCUUGGAUUCGCUGAGCAUGACUGUUCUGUCAGAUUAGGUUUAAAUGGAGUAAAAUUAUACAUUUGUUCUUAUUCUAGGGAGACAUUCUUCCAAAACAUUGUUUUGAAGAGUCUCCUAGAAUAUUUCAAAUUCUAAGAAACUUACUGGAGUUGAAUAGAAGGAGCAUGAAGGCCCCUACCAAGAGCAAAAGAUGUCUAGUUAUUUAUAUCCCCAACAAAAGCAAAGUAAGGAUACAGGAUUACAGAUAAUCUCAUGGCCAUUUGGGGAUAACUUUUUAUAACUACAGACAAGAAUAAACUCAUUUCAAGAUGGUCUGUUUUAAUA